CCCCCCCCCCCCCCUCCCCCCUUUACAGACUUUGUUACUUCGAGUAGUUAUCUCUCCAAAAGAAGCCCGUCGAAUCCUGCUCACAGAGGUACCAGCAUCUGUUGACCAGCUCAUCAAUGUACUUAAAGACAAAAUCCAGUUGGAAGGUGAUUUCUCACUCCAGUUCGAGGACCCCGAUUUUUCAAAUGCAUUAUGUCAGUUGACUCAAAUGUCAGAGUUGCCAGAUGGGCGUGCAGUCUUGCACAUUGUGUGUAACACUGGGGCAUCUCCCCUCAACCUAUCUGAUAGCCAUUCGAUUGGCUCAGUGUCCUCCCUUGACACAGCCAGCUUACACUCUGAGGACUGUAAUGAAGCGCAGAGAAGCCCUACUCGUUCCUUCCAGGGGAGCUUGUUCGAGUCCCUCCCUUCUCCCUCCUCAAGUUCUGUCCAGAGCAAUACAGAUUCUCCCCAGACCCCUUUAAGGCGUACAACUCGGUGGCCAAAUCCAUUCCCAAUCCCUAAAUUUGCGUAUGAUGUUGAGCUGAGAUUGCGUAAGGGAAAUGAGGUAUAUGAAAGAACACAGAAGCGCCUCAUUCUUACAGGAGAUAUGAGAUCUGACAUUGUGAAUAAACUUUGGCAGAGUAUUUUUGAUAUCAGAGGUGCCUAUCCCAGUAAGGAUGAAUUGGUGUCUGUUGCAUCUGGUCUUCUGGUCAAGUAUCCUUGUCUAAAGGAGACAGAUAGUGUAACUGGGUAUGAUGGAUGGCUGAAGAGUCUUCAUUAUAAGAUGGGCAACUUCAGGGCAAAGUUGCGUCGUGCAGGCUGCAAUGAGGUGAUGGUGAAUACAAAAAGAAGGGGAGAGGAUGGAGUGGCUGCUCCGUUCAUCCUGAAAAGGGCCAAACGUGGAGAGGUCAACCAUGUUCCAGAAUAUCCAGACAACCAUGAUGGUACCACUCUUGAGGAGGAAAGGCUUGCACUGAUUGAAGAAAUGAAGAAAAGGAAAAGGAACAUGGGUCUGAUUAGGCAAAAGAUGGAACUGACUUUCUCCCAUCGUCGGAGAGAAAUCGUAGAAGUGCAGCCUAUGGUGUCAGAAGUCCCAGAACGAUCGCCUGCACUGUUUUCUCAUGAGGAGAUAUCUGAAGAAUUCUAUCGAAUCACCAGCAGAGACCUCCGGGCAACUUGGAAUGCAUCCCUCGACAAGUAUGUCCCUCGCCUGAUAAAACUGUACCGAGCCAGAAAAGCAGCUUUUGGUCCAGAUAUGGAGAUGUUGCUGAAUAAACUUGAUGAAGAGACAACAGACAUUGUGCGUCAUCGAAGGACAGCAGCAAUGAAAGGCCUUCCCAUUUUUGUUCGUGACGAUGCAUCAGAGUUCUAUUUGAAGUGUGUGAACACAGACCCUGAAGAAUCGGUAGUUGAAGGAGUGCCCGUUGCAAUACUGACCGUCUAUGUAGAUGAUGAUGCUGCCGCAUGGGAAACAGUGACUGACAUCGCCAUCAUCCUGGAAGGGGCAGUGAUACUACACAACUUACCUGACCUCGCAGCUGCUUACGCCUGCCUGUUUGGCCUUUUGUAUGCAAUGGACAUAAACUAUCCAGAGCAGAUGAGGUACACCUUCGAGGCUAUCCAGAACAUCUUUUUCGAACUUGGUUCAAGAUGCUCACAGCGCACGCGAUCCUUGAAAGAGAAGCUGCUGCUGUGAAGCCAGAUUGACACUCACGUGGACAUCAACAUGCAUGCAUGCACACACAGCUUUGUCAUAACUCCUGCAUGAACACACACACAAAGCUCUUCUCUGCCGACUACCACAUGGACAGGCCUGUACACAUAUAUUGUUCCCCAACAACUUUUCCAAGAACAAGCAUGCUGCACGUGCACACAGAGAGUAACGAGCAGUUCUCAAGAAGCUCUUUUCUCAGGGAGCCAAGCUCUUCUGUGCUUUCUUCUAGAAGCUAAGAUAAUUCAUUAAGUUCAUUGUGGGUAUAUUUUUAUAAUAUAUGUGGUUUAUGUUGUUGUUUUGUAUCUUGAUACAAUAGCUGCAUUUACAUGACCCCUCUUGCCUAAUUUCCAGAUUAGAGUAUUUAGAAAAGGUGUCACCUACACCACCUCUUGGAUCCAAAGAUUCUGAUUUGGUGAGGUGCUUACAUCUAGUUAUCAAUCAGAUUGAAAGUGAAAGAAGGUCAUGUAAAUGGGGAUAUUGUUAAACAGCUUGAGGUUCCAUUACCAAUGUGCACACCUGCUACUCUGCUCGCCAGCACACAUAGCUCUCAUACAUAUAGACUGUUCUCUCACCCCACACACAGACAGAAGAGCAGUUCUCAAGAAGCUCUGUUCUCAGGGCCCCAAGCUCUUCUGUGCUCUCCCCAUAACAGUUCAACAUUGUGGUUUUAUGUUUGUAUCUGUUGAUAUAGUAGCCUUGUUGCACACAUAGCCCAGACUGCCAUUUACCACAGCGCACACACACACACAUGCAUGCAUUCAGGUCUCCAACUCUUGAAUAAGCAAACACACGCACACGUGGAGAGGAAAGUGCAGUUCUCAAGAGGCUCUCAGGUUACUUUGCUCUGUGCAGUUAAGAUUAUGUUGUUGAACAUGGUUUUAUACUGUAUCUAUUGAUACAAUGUUUGACUUGAAGCAAUAAAAAUGUUGUAUUAACAUAA